AGCGAAGUACCGAACUUCCCUUAUUCACCCAUUCCGAAAUUGAAUGCUUGAUCAACCGUCAAGUGACCAUCUAUCAAUUGUUUUUUUAAAAUGCAGUGUGAUAAAACCAUGUACAUAUAUGGCAGAUUCUUAAUGGACCAUUUUAUCGGUACAAUCGGCAUCUUUCGACAGUCACGACUGUUACUGGCGCUGUAAAGGUCCAGCAUCUCGCUAAUCAAGAGUUACUUUGUAAGUUUAGCUUGAGUUACAAUUGUAACCUAAAGUGUUGAAGCAAUGAGGAUCGACAAAAUCUAAACAGAUUACCUCAGUAAAAGAUAAAAAAUGCAGUUCGAGGGGAAUAUCACCUAAAAUAAUGUUUAUUUCUGAUAGCCGUUCACUACGCAGCAUUCCCAGAAAUUUUACCUGGGAUAGGACGCCAGUACAAGUGAGAUUUAGUUCUGUUCAUCGUUGUGCUGCCAGCUGAUGUUCGGUGAAGGGUCGAUAUAUCUAUAGAUAGAAAGGAAUACGGAAUUAUUUUUUUACGCUUAGCAAGAUGGCAUUUAGAUAUGGGGAGCAUACCGACCGAAGACUUUGCUCGUAGAAUCCAGAACAAAAGGUUGUCUACUUGGUUCAUGCAAAGGACACACUGGUAUCAUUGAAUAUGCAACUUACGCGGUAAUCUAAAGGGAAUUGCGCAAAUGCUAGACCACCUCCGUCGAUAUUCACCUUUUUAUACCGAUAUAAGUUAGGUAAAGAAAGGUUCGUCCAUUACAGGUCUGUUAAAAUGAACAUACCUAUAGUAAUCCUACAUCAGACAAUUUACGCGGCCUGCAUUUGCGGACAAGUCACAUAUGUGUAGACAUUGGCCGGAUUGAACUAAAGAUGAAUCGAAUAGAACUCGCAAUAUUAUACGUACUUUCAGAACUUCUCGUCAUAUGAGUUUAUAUUUAACGGCAAAUAAUGAUACCGUAUACAUGCAUUUAUAAUUAAGUGUCACUCAGCACACUUUCUACAUAGUUUGGAAGCUUAGUACGAAAAUCUGCAUAAAUAGCCUGCAGUUAUACCAACCGAAAGGCAGCUGACAAUUUUAGCAGUGUCUUUAGUAGGUUAUCCAUCAUGGACUUUUUCUACCGAUAGUAAUUCAGUUUACCCUUCUUUUUUGAUUUUAUGCUUUCUGUUGUAUAUUUUUUUGUACAUUUUAUACAGUCUACGGCCGGCCUAAAGUGCUUGUCGACUUCUCUAUAAUACCGAUUCAGUGGAGACAGUUUACGUACUCUAAGUGUAGAAAGUCUUGUCAUAGUAUCAUCACAUGGCAGAACUGUGUGUUUACAAACAGAACUCUUACGUAAUGCAUUCAUUUCAUAAAAUCGAUAUCUUACAUGCUAGUUUCGAUUUUUGAAUUUAUUCUAUUGUUUUUGGUAAUUUAAGCUUCUUGAUGUUUUUACUUCUACGGAAAAGAAAAAAUGUCGGACAGUGAAGGUAGCGAAUUAUCAGAAAACCGCAGCCUACAGGGAAGUGACAACGAGAUAAGCGACGACGAGCCCUCGACAAGUCGCGGUAGUAGUAGCAGCGGUAGAAAACGUUCACAAUACGAUUACGACAAUGAUGAGGAAGAUGAUAAUUAUGAUGACGAGGAUGAUGAAAGAGAAACUCGUCGAAAAAAGAAAAAGUCACGGGGACGGGGUUUUCUCAUCGAGGAAGCUGAAGUUGACGACGAGGUCGAAGACGAUGAAGAGUGGGAAGACGGAGCUGAAGAACUUCUGGAGAAAAGCCGAGGACGAGGUACUAAUCUCCUUGACGACGAACUUGGCGGUCGCGAUGGGGAUCGUCACAGCCAUCGACGACUGCAAAUGAUGCUCGAUAGGAAACCCGACGAAAUAGAAGAUUACUACCGUCGAAAAUAUGCCGAUAAAAGUGAUUUUUACGGGCUUCGGGGCGAUCAGGGCGAUGUCGACCUCGAUGAUGAUAUUGCGCAACAGACAUUUCAACCGAGUGUCAAGGACCCAAUGCUGUGGAUGGUGCGGUGUCGACUGGGGGAAGAAAAAGUGACGGUGCUGCAGCUGAUGCGUAAAUUCAUUGCGUAUCAAAACACUGAACAACCGCUGCAGAUUCGUUCAGCUGUAGCACCGGAAAAUGUGAAGGGUUACAUUUAUGUUGAAGCAUACAAACAUACACACGUAAAGGCUGCAAUAGAGGGAAUCGGCAAUCUUAAAAUGGGCUCAUUUGAACAAAAAAUGGUGCCUAUUAAAGAAAUGAUAGAAGUAUUGCGCGUAACCAAACAACAAGCUGCGGUUACCCGAGGCCAAUGGGUGCGUCUUAAGAGAGGAAUCUUUAAGGAUGAUCUAGCUCAGGUGUAUCAUGUGGAGCAAGCUCAAAAUCGCGUCGAGCUAAAGAUGAUACCGAGGAUCGAUUAUACAAAACCGCGCGGAGCUGUCAAGAACAACGCUGAUGCCGAAAAGAAACGAAAAUUUAAAAAACCUCCACAGAAAUUAUUUGAUGUAGAUGCAGUUCGUCGUGCAGGAGGAGACGUGUCCACCGAUGGAGAUUUUCUCAUUUUCGAGGGCAAUCGCUUCUCACGUAAAGGUUAUUUAUUCAAGGCUUUUGCUAUGAGCGCGAUUUUGACAGAGGGAAUAAAGCCGACGCUGGAGGAACUGCAAAAGUUUGAUACUCAGCCUGAAAACCUUGAAAUGGACCUUGGAGAAAAAACAAAUGGCAUACAGCCAUUCGAAUUGUUUGCUCCGGGUGACAAUGUAAUCGUCUGCGACGGCGAACUGGUAAACCUACAAGGUAAAGUUAUUACCGUUGAUGGUAAUAAAGUGUCAAUGCUACCGAAGCACGAAGACUUGAAUGAACCGCUAGAGUUCCAGACGAACGAAUUGAAAAAAUAUUUCAAAACGGGCGAUCACGUGAAAGUUUUGGGUGGCCGUUUUGAGGGAGAUACCGGCAUGAUCCUUAGGGUUGAAAAUGAUCUAGCUAUUUUGUUCUCGGAUGUCACGUGUCAUGAGCUUAAGGUUCGCACCAAAGAUUUACAACUGUGUGCCGACACUGCCACUGGAGUAGAUGCCUAUGGACAGUAUCAGUGGGGUGACCUUGUGCAGUUAGAUGCACAAACGGUCGGAGUUAUUGUCCGGCUUGAAAAAGAGUAUUUUCAAGUGUUGGCUCAAACAGGCAACGUCAUUUCAGUAAAACACCAAAAGAUUACUCGCAAAUGCGACUCCAAGAAGGCCGUGGCACUCGACUCUGAACAAAACCAAAUCCAUAUAAAAGAUAUAGUGAAGGUUACAGAUGGACCACACUCAGGACGAACUGGUGAGGUUAAGCAUAUUUUUCGCAUUCACGCCUUUUUGCAUUCACGGUUAAUGACGGAUAACGGAGGUAUCUUUGUCUGUAAAACACGUCAUCUUACAUUAGCUGGAAGCAAUGUCAGGACAAAUCCUUGUGGGCAAGGGGUACUUCCAAUGAGUGGUUUUUCCCCACUUUCACCGCGAAUUGGCAGUCCGAUGCAUCCAUCAUCGGGUAUAAGACCUAUGCGUUCGCUGGCGCAAGGUCCCGGUCAUAAUAGAGUUGCCCAGCAAGGCAAGCGUGAUUUGUAUUUAAUUGGUAAAACAAUCAAGAUUACCAAGGGUCCGUAUAAGGGACACUACGGUAUUGUUAAGGAUGCAACGCAGUCAGCUACUCGGGUAGAGCUACACUCAAAAUGCCAAACCAUCUCUGUUGAUCGCGCGCGUAUUGAACCUGUCAGUGGCCCUGCCGGCCGGACAACAGGAGGAGCUUCGUCAUACGUACGUACACCGUCAUACGGCAGUCAAACACCGAUGUAUGGUAAUCAGACGCCAAUGCAUGGCUCUAGAACGCCCAUGCAAGGAUCUCAGACACCGUUAUAUGAACCGGGUAACCGCACGCCGCAUUAUAACGGUUCGGAGACGCCUCGCCAUGACGGAUCCCGUACACCGCAGCAUCACAGCUCCGCAUGGGAUACAUCAUCGACAUCGGCACGGCAUGAUGAUUUAGACGACUACGAAGAGCCUUCGCCGUCUCCGUCGCCGUCGCCGUCGCCGUCGUAUAAUCCAGUCACACCGGGUUACCAGCCUGAAACGCCACAAGUAGGCGGACCCUUCACUUCGCAGACACCAGGCGGACUCUACGGCGCUGGACGCAGCCAUGAUGUUAACUCAACCUAUUUACCGCAUCAGGGUACGUCGCCGACGUCUUCGGUCGCUGGUGGUUAUUCGGUAUCGUCAUCAUCAGGAAACUCGAUGGGUAUGACCUCUUCUCCACUGGGUUACAACAGCCCCAGUGUACAAUUUAAUCCCCUGAGUUACGCACCAAUGACGCCAGGGGUUGUACCAAGUCCGUUUAAUCCGGUCACUCCAGGCGGCGGUAUAGGAAUAAGCGGGUUGUCGGAUUCCGUCGAGUGGCAAGCUGUCGAUCUUGAAUGUCGCAUUGGAGCGAUGGAGCACAAAGACAAGGGUCUCGUCGGACAGAAGUGUAUAAUUGCUGGUGUAUCGGGAAGCGUCUGUUCAGUCCUACUGUUGAAGGAGGCGCGUGUCAUUAGUGUCGAUUCGCAGUACCUCGAGCCGAUGCGACCUCGCGAAAACGACAAGUGCAAAAUCAUCUCCGAAGGCGAGGAGGAGGGCAUCGUCGUCGAUAUCAAAGAUGAGAAUGAUGUUGUGGUCCUUGUAGGUGACAGGCAUCGGAAAUAUCGGAUGGCUGAUCUUUACAAGCUCGGUAGUAAAGAUCAGUACAUACAGAGUAGUUAACUGUUCAGCUGAUGGUUGAAAGAAGCAUAUGAGUGGUGUUACAAAGACUGGCACCGCAUAGUACGGUUGUAUUCUUGUUAAAUAUAAUUGUUAUCGAAGACAAUAAAAACAUGUUGAAUUUAUUUUUUAGUUUAGUAUAUCGAAGAAUAUGCGUAUUUUCUGCUUCAAAAUAGCAAAAUUUCAGAACUUGUGAAUUAAAUCAGGAUUAAAAUCAGGCAAAUUGACGAUUUGCAAAAUCAAGUUCCGUAAACGAAUCAGUGAUUAGUUAUCUUAAAUGGCUGACUUUUACAAAGAAAAUAGAUUUCAGUAUAUUCUACGAUUUUCGUGCUUAAGCGUAAGAACGGCUGCAUCAUGUAAGGCAGAUGCGAACAUGUAACAUUUCCAGCAAACGGUUUCGAAACAUCAUAGCAUUUUCAAAACAGAUUACACUUCUUCCUACACUUAUUAUGACAUGAAAUACUUCCAUAUUUUCCGCGAUACGUAAACAUUUCUAAAACCUUUUGGCUAUUUCAGCUCACCCUUAGGUUCUGACAUCUUCGCAUAGCUGAGACCAUUCCUUGUUCUAAAUAUAUUUUUAUCAACCGUUCCGCAUUACGGUAAAAUGCUUGAUUACUCGAAAUAUGGCACCUAUUUAAAAUAUGUUAUUUAAUAACUGAGCAUGAAAUUGUGUACUUUUCCUUACAGAUCCUAUGCACAGCUAUACGACCUAGAUCUCUUAUGUUCGUACGUAAUCAGUUUUCACUAAAUAUUCUUACAAGAGAUAGUUAUAGCAACACAAUUAUACCAACAAGAAUUUGUCAUAACUUUGUACUAAUAAUCAACUGUAGUAAAAUGUUUACAUGUGAAAUAAAUACCGUAAAAAUUCGUUGAAAUUUCAUGACACAAAUACAUUUUGACAUGCCAUUGAUACAAUAAUGAUUAACCUUUCAAUUUUGCUCCCAAUAAAUGUCGAAUAAAAAAAUGUCAAGAUAACCAUAAUUACAGAAAAAUUAUAGAUAGUUUUUGGCAAAAUAUUUGUGCAACUGGAACAAAUGAUAAGCAUGUAAUGGGAUUACAAUACACACGGUCUCAGUGAUAUAUAGCUCAACGAGAAGAGUCUAGCGUUUACGCAAGUGAAUUGUUUAAUGUAGCACAUUGGGAGUGAAUGUGCUAAUGUAGUUGCAUAACGCAUAAGAUUAAAUAAAGGUAAAGACACACAUCAAAUUCAAUUAUCGAAAACAUCUUGUGGUCCGACGAGACCUCAAAUCGAGGCUUACUGCCGACGAGGACUGCUUUGACUCUACUGAUAAAAAUAUAUAGAUUUUUUAAAAAUGUUUGCUUGAUAUAUUAUCUAAUGAUCAUAGGAAAUCUUUAGGAAAUCCUGCUUAUGAUCUUCUUCAGACAAUGCAGUUAUG